GCUAUGCAAGAUAUGUAGGCCUAGAUCAUGAUAAGGGUGAUGUUUAAGUGUGUAAUAUUUCCACCUAUUGUUUUCAAAAUGAUCAGCCAUGCUUGCAGGGAUGAUGCCCUGGCUCAACAGGGGUCAAGUCUUUCAGCACCCCCACCUAGUGUUAAAUUAGUGCUCGGUAUGAGUCAUAUUACGGUACAACUUUUUGUAUGUUUGUCAUUGUAAUAUGUCAAGGAAUAAAUAAGAAGGCAUAUCUGUAGAUCAGCUGCUAUAACGUUGACAUUAUACAUACACUUCUAAUACAGUCCAAUAUGUUUUUGUUGUAAUAUUAUAUGCAUAAUAUGAUCACUAGCCUCAGUUUUGAGUUUGAAUGUUAACAUCUUUUUCCAACAUUUCUGACACCACCUUUUCUAGUAAAACAUUGAUUUAGAUUGACAGUCAUUGAAGGUGUGGAGGGAGAAGUUGGGAAGUAAGGAAAGUGCAAAAGGACAAUCAAAGGAAGAGUGGUUGCAGGCAGAACAACAAUACCAAUAGUAGAUCUACAUGUGACUUAGGUUUCAAUUCAAGUUGGUUUCAAUUUCCAGGGAAUCCUCUAUACCAUACAGAGACAUCUUGUCAAACUUGCAAAAAAAUUACAUUUUAAUUAAAAUUGUGGAGCCCAAUGGAAGUGAAGCAUAGCCAGAUUGCCAAAACAUUUUAAAAUCUAAUCUUGCAUAAAUCCAGUGGCAACUGUUUCUUGUGAAGUAAGGAAUGCUGUUGGACAACUUGUUAAGGGUGGGACAGACAGACAAAUUGUCAGAUGUUCCUCACUGCAGAGUCAGAUUCGUUCCUUGUUACACCAUAUCACAGCAGUUAUGGUUUCAGGUGUGUUAUUCUGUCUUGUUUUUGCUCUCUGUGGGAUCCUGAUCCCAGCUGUAUGGGCGAAUGAUUGUAGCAGCUAUGUGGACUCCAGUGGCAAACAACAUAACGCUAAGUAUUGUGGCUUCGAGGAAUGCUGUGGGAAUUGUCAAAACAAAUACUGCUGCAAUGACAAGACAUACAGUUUCAGUGGAUCAAAACAAAAACUCUGUGAAGGAAGAGAAAUCCACAGUGGUCCACUUCUUGGAGUCAUCUUAGGGUCUGUUUUACAAAUUGUCACCUGUGUGGGUCUCAUCAUCUGCAGUGUGGCUCCUUGCUGCUUCUUCUACAAGAAAUGCCGAAAAGGACGCAACCAAAGGCCCCGAACUGCAAGAAACACCUCCACUCUAGUCAACGAACUGCAACAGUUACACCCACCUCAUGGAUGUCAGCCAUACUACCCUGGCUACCUGCCUGUACCUGCUCAGGCUGGAUAUGGAGGCCUGUCCUUCCCUUCAGCACCGCCGUCAUACUUGGAAGCCACCGACCCAACUUACCCUCCAUCUGGGUACACUCCGGGGCUGCCGAUGGUUUCCUACCCCGGCCAGCCCCAUGCUCCGACUCCACAUUCGGAUGAAUUUGCACCUCAGCCCUACAACCCCUCUUAUGGCCAAAACCCAUAACCUGGAGAGAUUAUUAGACCAAACCGCUGCAUGACAAAAAAGUGAACUGUGUGGAUGACAUGGUGUGGAUCAGUGGAAAUCCCCUUUACAGGCUUCCAAAUUGAAAUAUUUCUUGGGAAAUACACAACUUACAAUUGAAUCUAGUUACACAUUUUUCCAUAUCUUGCUGCUGCUGUUUUUUACGGGUACGUCUGUUUCAAAUAUAGAUUGUGGCAAUGGACAUUUAAGUGUAUGCAAUUUGAAAAUAGGGCCACUUUUAGUGUUUAAUUUUUUUUUUUUAACUGCUGUUUGUGCUGUGUACCAAAACACACACAUUUCAAGUAAGGAGACAGAGAAAUAAAGGGGGAAAACACCCUACAAAACGCUUAAGCAUGGGGACAGUUAAGGCUAUAAUUAUUUUGUGGAUUAUGUAUUUAUUAGCAAUUCAGGUUUAAUCAUAUUUUCCUAACAUAUAUCACUUAAAUGAGUUUUUUGGUAAUCAAAUGAGGAUUUUCCCUCCUAUUAGGAACUGUAUAAGAACUGCUAAAGUUGCGAUGAAUGACAUAAAAAAAAAGCUUAUUGUUUCAAUGACCUCUACCUGCCACUAGAGGUCGCCUCUGACCUGUUUUAUUUUGUAAAAUAAAGGGAUACCAUGUAA